AAAUAAUAUUUACAUUUUAUAGUAGGGUAUAAACAGCUGAUCUGCAUUUCAGUUGUUGUUAAAAUUCCAAACAAAUAAAAAAUUAACAAAACACCAAAAUGACCAAAAAGAUUCUAAUGGUUUGCAUGGGUAAUAUUUGUCGUUCACCCAUAGCAGAGGCCGUAAUGGCGAAAGUUAUUCAGCAAAACAAGGCUGCUGCUGCUGCUUCAGACGAAUGGUUAGUUGAUAGUGCGGCCUUGGUGGGUUAUCAUUCAGGUUCUCUGCCCGAUGAAAGAGCAUUAAAUGUCUUGCAAAGACAUGGCAUUACAUACGAUAAAGUAGCACGUGUAAUAAAAACUGAAGAUUUCCAUGAAUUUGAUUACAUAUUUGGUAUGGAUCCUGGUAAUGUUGCGGAAUUAAAGAGAAGGUCUCCAGUGGGCGCAAAAGCUCAAAUUUUAUUAUUAGGUGAUUAUGGUUUAAAGGAAGACGAAAAAAUUAUACACGAUCCUUAUUAUUUUUUAGGCGAAGAGCCCUUUGAAAUUGUCUACCAACAAUGCCAACAAGCUUGUAAGGCCUUUUUGCAAACACUUCUUUAAAACACAAAUAUUUUUAGUUUUUCACAAAAAUCUAUAAUUUUCUUAAAUCUAGCACACACUUUUCUGUAGUUUUAUACACUUUUUAUGAAAUAAAGCCGAAAAAACAAUCUUUUAAUAUGAAAAUAA